AAAAAAUAAUGUUUUAUCAAUCCACUGAAAUCAUCAGUUAACUUACCAUAUGACGAGAUAGGUUAUAUGUUAACAACACAAUUUUAAAAUCCCUUAUUUAUUGAAUCAAAUAGUUUUGUUUACCAAAAUACUCAACGGAAAUGAGUAUUGGAAUAAAUGGAUUUGGAAGAAUCGGGAGGCUUGUGUUGCGAGCAGCCCUAAAAGAAAAAAUUACAGUUUCAGCAAUAAAUGAUCCAUUUAUAGAUGAGAAUUAUAUGGCAUAUCUACUUAAAUAUGAUUCAUCACACGGAGUUUAUAAUGGAAAGUUAUCGCUAGACGAUGGCCAACUGUGCAUUGAAGGCAAUAGAAUAAGCAUUUUUAACAAACGAGAACCAGAAGCUAUACAAUGGGGAGAGGUUGGAGCAAAUUAUGUUGUUGAGUCGACUGGUAUUUUUAAAAGUAUCAAAGCUGCUGCUGGGCAUAUAGCAAAUGGUGCCAAGAAAGUGAUCAUUUCAGCCCCAAGUCCAGAUGCGCCUAUGUUUGUACCAGGAGUCAAUCUAAACAAAUACAAUUCAAGUAUCAACAUUGUUUCAAAUGCAUCGUGCACAACAAAUGCCUUGGCACCGUUGGCCAAAGUUAUUCACGAGAAUUUUGACAUUGUUGAAGGUUUGAUGACUACUAUUCACUCAGUAACAUCUUCUCAGAAAACAGUCGAUGCAGUUAUUCCAAAAAAGAGAAGGAGUGCACGUGGAGCUUUGCAAAACAUAAUACCGGCUUCAACCGGAGCUGCAAAAGCUGUUGGCAAAGUUAUACCAAGCCUUGAAGGACGUAUCACUGGAAUGGCAUUCCGCGUACCUCUGCCCAACGUUUCAGUUGUUGAUUUUACUGUUAAACUGCGCAAAGAAACGUCAAUAGAUGACAUCAAAGCUGCUGUCAAGGACGCCUCUGAAGGAUGCAUGAAAGGCAUACUGGGCUACACAGAAGAUGAAGUCGUCUCAUCAGACUUCAACGGCGAUACAAGGUCUUCCAUAUUUGACGCUAAAGCUAGUAUGUCCCUAAAUCCUAAAUUUUUCAAGCUGAUAACUUGGUAUGAUAAUGAGUAUGGUUAUUCUUGUAGAAUCAUUGAUCUCAUUAAGCACAUGCAAGAUAAAGAAUGUUGAUUUGUAAAAAGUAUAUAAGUUAUUUAUAUUAAAAUCUGAUUUUAUGAAUUGAAUAAAUAAGAGGAAUCAUUUUAUUCUUCAAUACAUGUUUC